AUGCCGAGGAGGAGGAGGAGGAGGCGGCGGCGGCGGAGGAGGAGGCGGCACAGAGGAGAGGACAGCCCUGCUGCUGCUGCUGCUGCUGCUGCUGGCAGAAGAGGGGGGAAGUUUGACAAAUCGCCCCGGAGGAAGGAGGAGGGGAAGCCCCCCGAAGAGGUGUGCGGGCGGGAGGGCUGGGGAGAGCCCGCAGUCCCCCCCCACCCCACCCUGCGCCCCCGGAGCCUGGCCGGGCUGGGAGAUCACGGCAUAAAGACGGGGGAUUUCUUGGCAGGAGUCGGCGGAGCCUCAGCCUGCGCUCUCCACUCCCCGGCUCCCGGCUCGGCGCUGGAGCGGCGGCGGCGGCGGCAACGGCAACAGGCGAAGCUUGAAGGGAAACGAGAUGAUCGCAGUGUCACUCAAACUAGUCCGCAAAGAGGGAGAGGGGCACCGCGCUCCCACCGCCUCCCGCCCCGGACGGCACCUUAA